AUGGACAAGGAGCUUGAUGGCCGCUUUGAGCGGCUUGAGAAGGCCCUCGCUACCAUGAUCGACUCGCUCUCAAAAAACAAUCCUUCCACAAAGCUUGCUCAAGACCUUGUUGCUGCCGAAGCCGAGCUUCUCGAAGGUUUGAAGCUGCUUGAGGCCCAUCAAAACAACCAUGCGCGAAUCCAGCAGCUCCGCCAAAGCACCGAGCAGGCCGAUGCGCAAAUCAAGGACAUUAUCAGCUCCCUCUGGAAGAUGCGCCAGGAGCUGACAUCCGUUCAGACCAGCCCCAUCCCAAAAGGGGCAAAAUUUCAGUUUACUACGGGCGAGCUCCUGGACUUCGCGCGUCGCAUCAGCCGCAACACUCUCCCUCCUCCUGGCGUCACUAACGGCGUCAACAUGACCCCAGCCGCGGCGCGGCACUCCCAACAACCCUCUUCCGUCGAACCCGAGGACUCCUUCCGUGUCACAUCGCAAUCUCAGACCCAAACCCCUAAUACAAGCUUCAACGUCUCCUUCAACGGCACGCUCGUCGACACGCCAGGCCCAUUCAAUAACAACAGCACGCCAAUCCCGAACGCUGGGCCAGCCAACAGUCAAAACCCUCACACCGAACUUCCGGAGCAUCUUAAACUCGCCACAAAUCCAUUACAUGGAGCCAGCUUCUUCCCCUGGCCAUCUGUAGAACAAGUCCGCAGCGGGGCGCUGGGAGCCUACCAGCUUCUCGUGGACAAGGGCAUCGAUCCGCGCGGGUACGAUCCAGAAUUCGAGGAGCAGCGCCGGAAGGAUGCCGAGCGCGAGGCCGAAGAGCGUGCGAAGCAGGAACGUGAAGAGGCCGAAAGGCGUGCAAGGGAAGAGGCCGAACGGAUUGCGCGCCAGAGAGAGCUGGAGAGGCAGCGGGCUCGCGAGAGCAUGGCUGCUGCUGCUGAAGAAGGCCGGAGGGAUAGCGUUGUUGGUGGGCCUGCGGCUGGCAAGCCGAAGCAGUUCACCUUCUUGGGCGGUGACGACGACGAUGACGAUGAUGAUGAUUAG